GGCGCGAGAGCGGAGACCCGGCGGACGUAGCGCCGGGCCGCAGUUCCUGAGCUUGGGCUGGUUGUCCCCGGUGUUCCCAGAGAGCCCGCAACGUCUUCUUCGCGUGCGUUCAGCGUGAGGCUGAGCUGAGCAGUGGCUGUGGCGACGGAGGGGACACCGAGCUGGGGUGGCCGGGCCCGCGCUGCCAGAGCCCAGCACCGCAGGCUCAGACCCGGCCCGUGCGGGGAAAGUCCGGAGAGGGAGAGCGCAGCCCGCGAGCUGUCAGAGCAGCCCUGCAGAACGGGGCUGAUCUGUGGAGGCGGUGGCGCGAGGUGGGACCCAGAUGCUGGAGGAAGGAGAUCACCGGGUCCCUGUGUUUGGCCUUGCAUUUGAAGAGUGCAGUACCACAUCCAGCAUUUCGUGUUGUCUUCCUCCAGAGAUCUGGGGAAUCAGGUCAGAUGGUUAUCAUCCUCCCCACACUGCAAAAGAAAAGAAGUACCCCCUUUUCUGGACUCUCCCCUCCCCCAAGAGGAAAGCACUGGCGAGGAAGGAAUGGCUAUUGGUCUCCGCAUAGCUGGGCCCCCGAGUGCGACAGAGCAAGAGAGAGAAAGCAAGAAAGCAAGCCACCAGGAAUCCACGCCCUUCAGCAGUAUGACUGUAGCUUUUACCCAGGACGGGUGGAGGCAUCUGGUCCCUGUUCCAAGGGACAGGUUCAAGGAGGGGAUACCAGAAAAAUCUAGGAACCUGGUCUUACUGGGUCUUCCAGUUUCUCAGCCUGGCAUAAACUCCCCAUUGGAACAGAGUGAAGGCCCAUGGCUGCUCGAGGGAGAAGACCUAAGAAGUCCCUGUCCAGCCUGGAAGAUUGCAUCUGAACCAGCACCAGAGCAAGCCAUCUCUGAGCAGUCGUUCCAAGACACCAGUGUCGAGACGCUCCCAGGGGAGUCAGACCACAGCAGCAGUGAACUUGGGCAGAACAUCAAUCUGAGGCCUGUCCUUUCUCCACAACAGAGAGUUCCUGCGGGAGCUCAGCCUCACAGAUGUGAAGCACAUACCAAGGGUUUUGAGACAAAUUUGAACAUAAUUAAGCCGCACAGAGCAAAGCCAUACACAUGUAGUGAGUGUGGCAAAGCCUUCAGUUACUGUUCGUCUCUGUCUCAGCACCAGAAGAGCCACACUGGUGAGAAGCCCUAUGAGUGCAAUGAGUGCGGGAAGGCCUUCAGCCAGAGCUCCUCUCUCAUUCAGCACCAGAGGAUUCACACUGGAGAGAAACCUUACAAGUGCAGCGAAUGUGGCAGAGCCUUCAGCCAGAACGCAAACCUCACAAAACACCAGCGAACUCACACCGGAGAAAAGCCCUACAAGUGCAAUGAGUGUGAGAAAGCCUUCAGUGACUGCUCAGCUCUUGUUCAGCAUCAGAGAAUCCACACUGGAGAGAAACCCUACGAAUGCAGUGACUGUGGGAAGGCCUUCCGUCACAGCGCAAAUCUCACCAACCACCAGAGGACUCACACCGGGGAGAAGCCCUACAAGUGCAGCGAGUGUGGGAAAGCCUUCAGUUACUGUGCAGCCUUCAUUCAGCACCAGAGGAUUCACACCGGGGAGAAACCCUACAAAUGCAGUGCCUGUGGCAAGGCCUUUAGCCAGAGUGCAAACCUCACAAACCAUCAGAGGACUCACACUGGGGAGAAGCCCUACAAGUGCAGUGAGUGUGGGAAGGCCUUCAGCCAAAGCACAAAUCUCAUAAUCCACCAGAAGACCCACACAGGGGAGAAGCCAUAUAAAUGUAACGAAUGUGGUAAAUUCUUCAGCGAGAGCUCAGCCCUUAUCCGACACCACAUAAUUCACACUGGAGAAAAACCCUACGAGUGUAACAAGUGUGGGAAAGCAUUUAACCAGAGUUCAUCCCUUAGUCAGCAUCAGAGAAUCCACACCGGGGUGAAACCCUAUGAAUGCAGUGAGUGUGGGAAGGCUUUCAGGUGCAGCUCAGCUUUCAUUAGACAUCAGAGACUCCAUGCUGGAGAGUAACUGGAAGCCUAACAGGAAGGGUGGGGUCUCAGGUAAAUGACAAGGGCUUGCGAGCGUGUAUAGCCCAGAGCCACACGCAAAAGUACCUUUAAUAAAUAGUCAUUAUCUUCCAA